AUGAGUAGCGACUACUGCCGUAGACAAAAAACGUCCAAAAACACCCUUACACGCGCUCGUACAUGUCCUUCAAUCCGUAAGAAAAUACCCCCCAGGAAACAAUCAUUCGACUCAUGUGACCUCCGUGGUCCAUGCCGUUAUGAAAGUUCCCUUGUUCUGCUCACGAAGAAAUUUGUGCGCAUGUUAAGGAAUUCGUUAGAUGGCGUCUUGGAUCUAAACAACGCCGUCGUUGAAUUGAACGUCAAGAAGCGACGCAUUUAUGAUAUCACAAACGUCCUCGAAGGGAUUGGAUUAAUCGAAAAGAAUUCUAAAAACCAUGUGCGUUGGAAAGGCGCAAUUUCGUCGUCGACAAGCUCGAGUUUCAAGCGACGAAUUGAAGAUCUAAAAAAGCGCAACGCCGAUCUUGAGACACAGUGCCAGAAUAUUGCGGAAAGUAGGGAUGAAAUUGAUGCCGACAUUAAAAAGAUGUUUGAAUCAGAAGAAACAAACAGAUUAGCAGUCUUGUAUCGGUCUGACAUUCAGAACCUCACGCAUCUAGAAAGUGACGACGACCUUAUUGUCGUAAACUGGCAUCACGAUAGUUUAAUACACAUUGGAAAAUCAAUCGAGGACGACCAAUCCAAUCGGUGCACCCACAAACUCUCAAUCAAACAUCCCGACAAUCCAUCCAUCAAUAUCAAUCCCCUACCCCCUCUCUAUCCCAACCACCAUUUCUCAAAUGGUCUUUCUCGAUUAAACUUAUGUCCUGCUGGUCUUCAAAGCAGGCAGCUUCACAAUACUGGAUUACCAGUUAACGCGAUCAAUGAUCGUGUCCUUCACUCUCAAGAAUCGACACUGGAUUACUCAUACGCAUAUAUAGCUCAAGCUCCGACUCCGAUUUCUCCAAAUAGUUGCGAGUUCAAUAACCACAGUGACGAUAAUCGUUUCGAUAAUUGUCAGGAUCACCAGAAAGAUCGUAACGAGUGA